UCCUUAUCCUUCCCUGUCUCCCAUAGUCCUCUCUCCUAACAUAUUGCUACUUCUUCAGCCCUUUACCUUUUCCAUCUAUCACCUCCCAGCUUCUUCAUCCACUCUCCGCCACCCACCUGGCUUCACUAAUCAUCUUUUAGCUUGUACUCCUCUUUCUCUCCCCACCUUAUUCUGGCUUCUUCCCCCUUCCUUUCCAGUUUUGAAAAAGAGUCCUGGCUUGAAACAUCAACUGUUUAUUUAUUUCCAUAGAUGCUGCCUGACCUGCUGAGUUCCAGCAGCAUUUUGUGUGUUUCGCUGGGAUGGGAUGAUGUGACUAUCAAUAUUAGGGUACACUAGUCCUGUACGAGGGGUACCACAAAUAACCUUGUCAUAGUUUCUAUCUCUACUCCAUCCUAAUGACAGGACCAUCCAGCCAAAAGAUUAACUCUGUUUCUUUCUGCCCAACAUGCUGAGCACGCAUCAUUUAUUUUCCUUCUUUCUGAAAAUGCAGAUUGAGUUACUGCAAAACACUUUUAUUCAAUUCAUAGAGUUUACCUCAAUUACCUUUUGCUUUAAUUCUCCAUUCCACUGUGUCUUGUACCUUGAGUGUGUGUUCAUCAGAGCCCAGUGUAGUUUUGAGGGGUAUCAUCUACUAUCUGGUCAAGGUCCAAUUCUUAGAGUACAACCCUGAAUUCCGCCUUCUCAGAUAUCAAACUUUUGAAGACUCUCAGGAGGAGCCAUUUUAUAUCCAAGUUCCAGCAUUAUUUUAUUUCUUGUUUUUUUUUUCAUCAUCUCCUUCCAUUUGGAUCUCUUCCAGGCAGAGCAUCUACAGUAUUCAUCAUGCUCUCAAGAUGGCACCACUUCAAUCUGGACCUUUCAGUCUUCCCUCAUCCCAACCCAAUCUUGCCACAGAUAUUCCUUUUGUUCUCUCCACCCCUCAGCUUUCUCUGUAACAAAGUAGAUAUAAUUUCUAUUUAAUUUCUGUUCCGAUAAACAUGGUUAAUCUGAAAUGUUAAAACUAUUUUUUAUUCUUCCACAAAUGCUGUCUAGCCUCCCGAGUACUUACAUGAUUUUCUAUUUUCAUUUUAAAUCUCUUCAUGGGGUAUAGCCAAGUUGACUAUGAACAGAUCCUGACAGUGGCAUCCAAGGAUCUGUUUAUCCUAAUAAUCUGUAUCAGUGUUUCCAACCUUUUUCAGCCCAAUGACCCCCAAAGCACAUUGAUUCUUGCCAAAGCCCCCCUAAUGCACACUCAUACUUGCCAAUGCCCCUCUCAGGCACAAUAUACUUCCCAGCGCCCCCCUACUGUAAAAACAAAUCUACUAUAUGCUAACUGGAGAAAAAUUAUACUGCCUUAAAUUUUUAUUUGUCGUUAAACCUAGCUUACACAGGACCUGUACGCUGAACAGCAACUUCGAUAUCAAUGUGAUCCUUGAGGUUGAAUUAGCAAGAAUUGAAAUAUCUGGUUCAAGUUGUGACAGCAAGAACCUUAAGUCCCCACGCAUAACAACGUCCAAGUGGUUUUUUGUGAGUUUGUGGUUCACUGCACUGAAGCCUCUUUCAACAAGGUAGAAGGAUGGAAAUGCAAUGAAGAGCAGUUCAGCUCUUCUUCAAAGAUCAGGAAACUUUGUAUGAUAGUGAAGCGAAAUACCACAAAAGUCAAUAUUUUCAAAAAGCAUUUUUUCUUCUUCAUCAUUCUGAAUUUUGAUAAUUUCUUCUUGCAAGCUCUCUUCCUGUUCUUCCAACUUGCAAAGAAAUGGGUUCACUACCCAGCCUGGAAUUUCCAGAUCGUGUGAAUCCUUGUAUUUGAAUCGAUUCUGAAAAUCCUUCUUCAGUGACUGCAGGUGUAAACGAUGAUGAAGGCUGGUUCCUUGCUUGCGAAGAUCAGGAAGGAAGAAGAGUCCUCAGGAGCAACGGCAUGAUCGUUGGUGACUGCAGAGGCCAGUUCUGGAUCUGCUGACUCUGGAGCAUUAGAGACACAGGAACAGAUGGGAUGCAGGCACUUAGGUAGUAGGAUCCUUCCUGCAUCUCUUGUUCUCUUCAGCAGUUGCUCUUCUGGAUUCCUCAAAAUUCUCGGCUGCUUCGUAGAUCAGUGUCUCCAGUAGUCUCUGUCACAAGCCAGCCGCAGCCACUCACUGACCUCGCUAUUUUCCUGAGAGAGCUGCUGUUUAAGUUGGUCUUUGUACCUCUUGAGUGGGGUACCACAAUCUCUUGCCUUGAGAGAGUUCUCCGUAGAGUACCGCUUUCGGUAACCUGAAGUUGUCCAUUCAUGACACGUGGCCUGACCAGCAGAGCUGCUUGAGCAGCAAAGUGGCUUCAAUGCUUGGUAGUUGAGCCCUCUUCAGGACCUCGUUGUUGGAGACACAAUCCUGCCUGCUAAUAACCAUAAUGGUGUGGAGGCUGCGUUGAUGGAAGUGAGCGAGCAACCGGAUUUGCUUGCAGUAGAAGACACAGGCUUCAGUGCUGUACAGCAGUGUUGUGACAAUGGCAGCCCUGUACACAUGGAUUUUUAUGGACAGACUCAGCUGGUGGUGCUUCCACACACAUUUCUGGGGGCGCCCAAAGUCACUGCUCGCUCCGUGAGUCAAUUGUCUACUACUACUGUCAUUCCCUACUACUGUAGCAUCGUUGGAAAUGAAGCUGCCCAGGUAGGUGAACUGCCCAACCAUGGUGAGAGGAUGGUUAUUAAUGGUGAUCCAAGGUGGGUUUGUAAAUGCCACGAGGAUCAUUGUUUUCUUCAGACUGACCGUUAACCCGAGAGCCCUUGCCGCCUUAGUGAACUGAGUGACCACAGCCUGUAGCGCAUCCUCUGUGUGCAUAAGAGCAUAGUUGGCUGCAAUUAGAAGCUCGAGAUGGGCUCUUGCAUGGUUUUUGUUUGGGCGAGAAGGCGGCGGAGGCAGAAUACAGAUGAAUACAGAUUUGUGCUCCAAGCCAAACAGACAAAUGCAAAACAGUUGGUGGACUUCCCUAGUGAACGAAUGCAGCACCAUGCAGGCACUGGCAACACUCGAGCCUUCUACAAACUGCUGCAUGUAGUAUAUCAUCUGACUCGACAGAUUCAAGCCCCUUUACACUCAUUGGAUGGCUCCAGCCUGCUAACAGGCAAGGAAGUCAUCAUGAGGUGAUGGACAGAGCACUACGAGAGCUGUUUCGGGGGUAAUCAUCAAGUACAAGAAGCAUCGAUUAAAAUGAUUCCCCGGCAUGAGGUCAGGAUUAUGCUGAUGGCCUGCCAACUCUGGACAAAGUCAAAGUUGCUACUUCCAAGCUGAAAUGCCAUAAAGCCCCAGGCAUUGACGGGAUCCCAGCAGAAGUGUACCAAAUGGGUGGAGACAUUCUCCUAAGCGAGCUCACAAACCUGUUCAUACUUUAUUGGAAGAAGGGCUCACGCCAAAUGACCUAUGCAAUGCUGUAAUUGUCUCCCUGUACAGGAACAAAGGCAAGAAAUUGGAUUGUUCAAACUACAGAGGUGUUACCCUGCUGUCCACUGCCAGGAAGAUCCUUGCCAGAAAUCUCCUGGACAGAAUCAUCCCUACCAAUGCCGAAGGCAACCUCAGAGAGUCAGUGUGGAUUCAAAGCGAACAGAGGCACAUCUGACAUGAUCUUCAUCCUGUGCCAGAUACAGGAGAAGUGUUGUGAACAGAAUGUGGGGCUGUACACGGCAUUCAUUGACCUAACCAAGGCCUUUGAUACAGUCAGCCACGAUAGUCUCCGGAAGAUUCUGUCGAAGCAAAAGAGACCACCUUGGAGAGCAUCUACAUUCGGUUGAAGUAUCUUCAACCUCCGUAGGUGUAAGCAGUACUCUUGCAAAUCACCAUCUGUGAAAAAGAGUGCCAUUCUCCAUGCAGGGAAACUAUGAGAACAUUCUUCUCCCAAUAUUCUGCUUAUGUAUUUCCAAUUUUUCAAUAAAAGUGGACGCUACACUUUUUGCCUGAAUUAUAAUUGAAAUUCUCACCCUGCAGAUUUUCAUGUUUAGAAUGUUCAUUUUGUCAUACAGAUUGGCUAGGUGUGCCACAUCUCCACGUAAAAGUUCAAUCCUGUCUCCCAAGCUCUUGUCAACUUUGAGCAAAAAUUCAACCACGGUGUCAAAAACUUCAGUUCAGAUCAAGGAUGUCUUUAAAAGGAAUGGUUUGCUAAUUCUCUCUGUGUUGUCCGUUAUCAUCGGUUGCUCAUUGGGAUUUUUCCUGAGGACCAGGCAUCUCUCCGAACAGGAAAUUAAGUAUUUCCAGUUCCCUGGUGAGCUGUUGAUGAGGAUGCUGAAAAUGUUAAUUCUUCCACUGGUGGUAUCAAGCUUGAUGUCUGGACUGGCUGCUUUAGAUGCAAAAGCUUCAAGUCGAUUGGGUCUCAUCACAAUUGCCUACUAUCUUUGGACCACCUUUGUGGCUGUUGUUAUUGGAAUAAUGAUGGUGUCCAUCAUCCAUCCUGGCGGUGCGGCCCAGAAGGAGAACACUGAUGACAGUGGAAAGCCAAUCAUGAGCUCUGCUGAUGCCUUGUUGGAUCUGAUACGGAACAUGUUCCCAUCUAAUCUCAUACAAGCUACAUUUCAACAGUAUCGAACCAAGAUCAUCCCAAUAGUCAUCUCAGUCAAAGUGCCAGGAUAUGAGGCUGCCAAGAGAAUGCCUUUAAUCUAUGGAAUUCAGAGUGAUAAUGAUUCUGAGAUAAUUCACAACAUUUCCUUGGAUAUCACCCCAGCUCCAGAGAUAAUCUACCAAACAGGGCCCGGAUCAAGUGAGGGGAUGAAUGUUCUUGGCAUUGUUAUAUUUUCAGCAACAAUGGGUAUAAUGCUUGGAAGGAUGGGGAAGAAUGGAAUGCCAUUGGUUAGCUUCUGUCAGUGCUUGAAUGAAUCUGUGAUGAAGAUUGUAGCUAUUGCUACAUGCUAUUUCCCAUUAGGCAUAGUAUUCCUGAUUGCCGGCAAAAUAUUGGAGAUGGAUGAUCCUACAGCCAUUGGAAAGAAAUUGGGUUUCUAUGCAAUCACAGUUGUAUGUGGUCUUGUGGUUCACGGGCUACUUGUUUUACCCAUGGUGUACCUCCUUAUCACUAAGAAAAAUCCAAUUGUUUAUAUUAGAGGAAUUCUUCAAGCUUUGCUCAUAGCUUUGGCUACUUCUUCAAGCUCUGCCACUUUGCCUAUUACCUUCAAGUGCCUGUUAGAAAACAACCAUAUUGAUAGAAGAAUUGCAAGAUUUGUUUUACCUGUGGGAGCUACAAUCAACAUGGAUGGCACUGCCUUGUAUGAAGCUGUGGCAGCAAUAUUUAUUGCACAAGUUAACAACUAUGAGCUGGACUUCGGGCAAAUUAUUACUGUGAGCAUAACAGCAACAGCAGCCAGUAUAGGUGCCGCAGGCAUUCCGCAAGCUGGCCUGGUGACCAUGGUGAUCGUUUUGACAUCAGUUGGACUUCCCACAGAUGACAUCACUCUGAUCAUUGCAGUGGAUUGGGCAUUGGAUAGAUUUCGAACUAUGAUUAAUGUUCUCGGAGAUGCUCUGGCAGCUGGAAUUAUGGCUCAUAUCUGCCGAAAGAAUUUUACUCAGGAAAAUGAUGAAGUUCCACUGAUUUGUGAAACAAAGCCGGGAAAUAUUAAUCAAAUCAUGAAUUAUCAGAGAAAUGGAUGUACAAGUGAUGCUAAUAAGACAGACAGACAUCUCUGUGCAGGUGCCACAGAUGGAUCUCAUCAUGAUGUACAAAUGGAGCUAGGUCUCAGCACCAAGAAGGAUUAUUGCACUAUUGAAAUAGAUGAAUUGGAGACAAGAGUAUAGUCAGAGGAAUGCACCUCAAUGGAAUACUUCAUGUCAUGCUGGUAACAUGUGUGACUACCUCACAACUGGAAAUGUUGUAUAUACAGGAGAAAUGACAAGUGGAACUUAUGGUA